AAAUUCCUGGAUUAUUUGGGCAAUUUAAAGGAAAUACCGAACCCCCUGGAGAAGCUACACGACGGGUUGACGCAGCUGCAUUUUGUCACAACUUUCUAGGCUACAGUCCUCUGCUGCGUAGCACGCCUACGGUAUUUAGUUCAUUGGGCUUCGUUGUUGCUUCUAAUUAAGUAGGGGGGCCUUGGCGGCCAAUUUGCAGUUGGCUUCAUCUAGGGAGAGCCAUGGCAGAGUAUGGGAGACUUCCAGAGCGGGAUCGCGCUGUGGCGGUGGAUAUACGGAAUCCUGCCUUUGAAGGCUAUGGACUUCGGGACUUGAGUGGACAUAGGAAAAAGGUCAACGCAGUUGCAUGGAACUGCGACGGGAGGCGGUUGGCAAGUGGCGCCGCCGACCGCUCCAUCCGCGUGUGGACGGUUGAGCCGCACUGCCCGGUGGCGAAGAGCGAGCGAGCAGACGCCGAGUACUCCUCACACAGCGACGCGGUGACCUACAUCGAGUGGCGGCCCGACCACCCGGACGUGCUGGCCAGCUGCUCAAACAGCAAGACAGACACAAACAUACGCUUCCACGAUGCGCGCACCAACAAGCAGACCGCCGCGGUGCCGCUGAGCAACGAGAAGAACCAGGUGCUGUCCUGGUCGCUGGACGGCGUGUCGCUGGUGGUGUCCUGCUCCAGCGACGAGCUGGUCUUCAUAGACACGCGCAAGAUGCGGAAGCAGCGGCAGUGGGGGCUGUCGGGACACACCAAGCUGUCCGAGGUGCGGUGGGGGCCGACGCAAGGCCACCUCACCAUGGCGCUGGACGACGGCACGGUGCGCAUAGCGCCGCUAGCCAAGCUGGACAGCCCUAUCUGGCGCCUCAACUCGCACGCCAGCCACACCACCUGCCUCGCCUACUCUCGCGACUACAAGUACCUGGCAUCCGGCGGCUCAGAUGCGCUUGUGAGCCUGUGGGAGAUGGAGGAGAUGAUCUGCCUGCGGACCUACAGCAGACCAGACCAGUCGGUGCGGACACUGAGUUUCAGCCACGACGCCAACUGGCUGGCCUACUGCAGCGAGGACGGGUACGGCACCAUCGACGUCGUCAGCACGCAAACAGGUGACCUGGCGAGCACGCUCAACCUCAAAAGCUACUGCGAGACGGUGGCAUGGUGCCCAUCGGCGCCCGUGCUGGCGUUUGCGGGCGACGAGACGAAGGAGGGAUAUGGCGCGGUCAGCAUCUGGGCCCCGCCAAAGGCCACGAGCUAGGACCUAAAGCC